CUCCUCCCUAAACUCCCUCUUCUCCCUUUCAAAAACCACCCUCUUUUCUCAACACUGUUCCUCUUUUUCCCUUGCCUACUACUCUUCUAGUAAUUGGUUCCAACUUCCAACUUUCCAAGCAAAGGAGAUACAGUAACACAGCAGCAGCAGCAGCAGCAGCAGCAGCUAAUUAAAGAGAAAUAUAUAAAAGAUCAUGUCUUCUAGGAGGUCAAGGAUAACAGAAGAGGAGAUCAAUGAGCUUAUCUCCAAGCUCCAUUCCCUUCUCCCUGAGUCUCGUCGCCGGAGUGGCGCAAGCCGAGCAUCAGCAGCAAAGCUGUUGAAGGAAACAUGCAGUUAUAUCAAGAGCUUACACCGUGAAGUUGAUGAUCUGAGUGAUCGGCUUUCCGGUCUCAUGGCUACGUUGGACACUAACAGUGCUCAGGCUGAGAUCAUCCGAGAGCUUCUCAGGUCCUAAAUGAUAACUAGCACUGUAUGUUAUCAUUAAAAGAUAUAUAAAUCUAUAGUGAGAAAGAGAGAGAGAGAGAGAGAGAGAGAGAGAGAGGAGGAGGAGGAUAUAAUUAAGGAGAAUGUAAGGUUUACUAUUUGCUUAGGUUUAGUGUUGAAGUCUUAUGUAUGUCUGGCAAGCAAGAGUUGUUGAGUUGUUUGAUACAAUGACAACCAACCAUAUAUAAGGUAUAAGGGAGGAAUGUGGUGUAGUACGUAUCUAUCUUUUUCUUUUU